AUGGUCGUAUACGGCAGCGACGGAUGGAAGAGUGCGGUGGAAAAAUUAAUUAACCUGAAGAGAGACGACCAGGAAUUCGUUGCGGUCGGUUUGUACGUUGACAGAAACGUAGCACGGUCGGCUCUAACCGAUUUGUACGUCAGAUAUUCGUUGGUCGCCAACGAGCUGACCGCACACCACGAUUCGAUUAUUCAACCACAAGUACGGACGCUGAUCAAAAAGCUUUUGUUGCCCACUUUUGGACGUUUGGUCGAACUAAAACAGACUUUAAUCGACGAAGACAAGUCGAUAUACACACCGGUGGACGAGACGUUGGCCAAGCUGCGGGUGCCGUAUGAUCGAUUCGAGUUGAGAAUACCUCGGUGUUUCUUAGACGACAGAAGGACACUGCUGGAAGGGCUGGACGAUAAGGUCGAUGAAAUCUACAAACGAAUGGAAAAGGAAAACGCUAGCGAACUGAUUGGCGAAAUGGAAGAGAACGCGAGGGAGGCGGAAGAGACUUGGUCGGAACCAUUGAUUAGGCACCACUCGUCGGGAUCGGACUUCGACGUGACCACAUUCAAGUCAAUCGAAGAAGUACCGCCGGUCAGGUUCCGGAAAAUCACAGAGGAAGACUUGGCAAGAGACAGGGGCGUUCUGUUAAUACAGAAGCACAUAAGGGCGUCCCGAGACCGGAUCUAUGCCAAUGAACUAUUAGCUCUGCAAAGGAGCCGACAGAGAAUCCUGUCGGGUGAAUACGUGCCGCCUAAAAGGGAAAUUGCUCUGAGCGCCGCCAUCAAGGUCCAACGCUUUUGGAGAAAUUACCAGAUGAAAAAACGAAUGAAAAUCAAAAAUAAUCAGAAAAAAUUGUUGAUCGGUUGGCACAUGGCCAGUAAAAAGCCCCCCACGUCGACCGGUGCACAAGAAGAAGAUACUAGAAUGGUAAAAGAAGACACUCUGUGGACGAUGCAGACCAAAGCGGCCGACAAAUUUUGGACUGCGGUGAAAGCGGCACAAGCCAGGCUGGACAAAUAUAACAAAGAAGACAUCAUCGACGAGAUCGCAGAUGAACUUAGAGCUUACAUUUGGAACUACUUCGAGACCUGCGUCCACUUACCCUCGUGGCCGGAUCCGACACCGGUCAUGUUCACCAACGAUGCCAUUCUCGGAUUGCCGCCUAUCGUGUUAACGGACACCAUAUUGAGACAGCUGAACAUACCAAAGAUGCAUUACCGCUCGGCUCUGAAUCAGCGGGUACCACUAGGAGGGUCGGCCGUUUUUCUUACCGGUCGAUGGAUGACGGUGGAAAUGGCUAAGAUAUUGGCGGUCAUCAUCGUAGAACUCGAGGAAAAGCCAGCCAGGGAAAAGGCAAAGUUGCUGAAAGAACAGGCCAAAAGGCAAAAAAUCGAAAAAGAUCAAAUCAUUGCAGAGCAGAAGAACGCAGAGAAAGCGAGACAAGAAACGAGGUCAUUGGGUUUUGUCCCGGAGCCAAGUGAGUUUAUGGAAUGGUUUAAAGAAGCACUCGACGAGUACAGCGGCAACUGGAGUAUGUUUGACGGUGAACCUGACGGAGGGCACAGGCAAGACUUGAUUACUGAUAACGUAUACGCUGACGCCAAAGUCCGGCUUAGAGCUGAAGUGGACGAAACCGUGGUUAAAGAGUUGGAAAAUCUCAAAGUGUUGUUCGCCAAAGACAGAGGUAAGAAGUACAAGACGCCCAAAGUAAAGGCCAAGAAGGCAGCUAAAGUUCGAACUAAGAAAAGUAAGUAUCCCGAGCCCGAAGAAAUAUUCGAAGAACUAGUCCGGAGCAAUAUGAUACAAAAGUCGGUUGCGGCAAAUUUCGAAGAUUUCAAAGGCGAGACCUCGUACAGCGCCAGCAGAUUGCGAAUAGAACCAUACUUCAAAGAUCCUCCUUAUUGCGUUGGCGACGUUCCCCAAAUGCUCAAGGAGUUAUGUGUAUUCGGACUGACGUGUCCGGAACUCAGGAAUAUGAAAAGUGUGAAAUUUGCGUCUACCCUGAUGGUAGCCGGUCCGGACAAGUCAGGCAAGACCAUGUUGACGGACGCCAUUUGUUGGACUACCGGUUCGCUAAAAAUUCAAUUAAACUACAUGAACGUGUCGGACAAUUAUCCCAGCAAAAAAGACAUCCUGGCCAAAGAAUAUCAGCCGGUCGUAAUAGUAGUGGAAAUGGCGGACGUGCCGUUUUACAAGAAAAUGUCGAAAGAACUCAAGCAGUUCAAUCCGAAAUUGGUGGCAAACUUACUGGGCAAACUGGUAAAGACGUUUGUGAAAACCGACAGGAUUUUGGUCGUGGGCAACGCGGUCAGUCCGUGGUUAUGUGCCGGAGCCAAGCUAGUGUCGGCUUUCAACCAAAUACUGUUCACCGUGGCCGACUACGGCACGACGUUUAUGCACCUGUUGGGCUUGUUGAUGUCCUACCCCGCCGUGAGCCGGGACUUCCCGGUGACGGCUUUGGCCACCCUUAUGAUGGGCUACCCCCUUGACACGAUCGCCGACAUGGUCGCCCAAGUGUUGACCACCGAGAGGGUGUUGACGCUGAAACAUUCGCCGCUGGACGCCAAAGAGUUCCUGUCGGUCAUGCUGAACAACCCCAAAGAAGUGCCGCCGCUCGCCGACCUCUAUCACAACUGGUACAGGUCCAACGUGCCCUUGGCCAUCAGGAGGUCGUUGAAAUUAACGGCGGAAGCGCAGGCCCACAAAGACAAAAAGAAGAAGAAAUAA